AUGAAUUCGUCAAGUGAAGAAGAUUCACCUUCAAAUCCUAUUGGAAUAUUAGUAUCACAUAGACAACUUGAAGGCUGGUUAUCACAAGAAAAUCCAAUUCCUUCUCCAUCUGAAUUAUAUACUUUUCGCUGUCCAUACACUUUACGCAAGACUGAACAGUUUCGAUUUAUGAAUCAACUUUGGACUGUAGGCGAUAUUGUAUCACUGAGUGAAUCAAAAUCAAACAAAAUCUUUUAUGCACAAAUUAUUAAGUUACAUGAAAAUGAACUAUGUGAAAAACGAGCAAAAAUCAUGUGGUUGGCUCCUAAAGCAAACGUUGGAGUCACUGAUGAAUCAAAAAAGGUGCAUUAUGACACUUUCAAACCUAAUGAUUUUGUACAUGUUUCUAUUGAUAGCAGAUUGGUACCCAUGCAUUGCCUAACAUUCGUUAUGAGUGUUCCAAACUUAUUUGAGUAUAAAAAACACAUAGGCACCGAUUACUUGGUCAAUACACAUAUUGUUUCACAUGCAGAGAGAUAUGCAGAAUCUGAUGAAGACGAUGGUCCAAAAUCCAAAAAAAUUCCAUCAACAGAGUUAGUAUCAAGAGUUAAAAAAUUAUAUGAAAAUCAGAUAGUUGAAGUACGUUUCUUGGUACCAAUAAUAUCUGGUUUGGAUAAGAAAUAUAUUUUGAAUGUUUUACCACAACUAAUAAAAUUAAAUCCAAAUGUUGUAAAAGAGGUUUUCAAUAGAAUUUUGGGCAAUAACUAUUCAAACUCUAUUCCUCCUGUCAGUCCAGCUGAGCUUUUGAUUGCGUUACACACAAUGGAUACAGAUCCUAAUGACCUCAAAUACAUUAUUAAAGCUACAUCACUGUGUUUUGCGGAAAAAUCAGUAUUCACACAAGAGAUAUUGGCAAUUGUAAUGCAGAAUUUAAUGGAUGUAAAUCCAUUACCAACUUUAUUGAUGCGUACAGUUAUACAGUCCCUGACAACUUUUCCCCGUUUGAUUGCUUUUAUAAUGAAUAUACUCCAGAGACUUAUCCUAAAAAAAGUGUGGCACCAAAAGACACAAUGGGAGGGAUUCAUAAAGUGUUGUCAGAAGACAAAACCUAAUAGUUUUCAAGUGUUACUACAAUUGCCACCAGAACAGCUGGAAGAUGUCUUACUUCAAUGUCCAGAAAUGAGAAAAUCGUUAUUAGAUCAUGUACUUAGUUUUACUGAAGUACAGCGCUCACACAUUCGUCAAGCAAUUAUGGAUGUUAUAUUUGGAAAAAAAAUGGAAGUACCAAUGUAUCAAAAUUUAAAAGUUAAAUGUGAACCUAUAAGCAAUACAAAUAAUCAACAUGUUGUAGUGUCUAAACAAGAAAAACAAUCACCUGAAAAAAUAUCUAAUUUGAAAGAAGAUGAUCUUAGGCCUCCAGGCGAUUGUGAUGAAGACUCAAUUAAUGGAAUAUAA